GGUGGUGGCUCGACUUAUUUCUUCGUGGACGUCUUCAACGCAGCCAUCAUGGGACACGGUGGGUCCCCUCGUUUCUGGCUCUUCUCUCUUUGCGCCCUCGGACUCCUCGCCGAGGUCUUCUCCACCCCAGAAAUUCCCACUUUCCUGAAGGUAUGUCGACGCAACGACCCUAACUUGAACGAGUGCAUAAAGCGCAGCGUGGAGGGCCUCAGGCCUUACCUGAAGACGGGCAUCGCUCAGCUUCACAUCCCACCUUGCGAACCCCUCCACGUUCCUCAGAUCGAAAUCAGCCAAGAAGCUGGACCAGUGUCCGUGAAAUCGACCUACACCAACAUCAGAGUCCUGGGAGGGACGGAUUUCGUCCUGAAAAGUGUCAAGAUCGACCAAGAUAAGGACCGCAUCAGGCUGAAGCUGUACAUCCCCCGAUUGGAGAUGACUUCUAAUUACACCAUGGAGGGCAGGAUCCUGAUGUUGCCCAUCACCGGGAAGGGCACUGCCCAUGGGAACUACACGGACAUCGACGUGGUUUCGACGGUCCAGGGCGAGAGGUACCAAGACAGGAAGACCGAAAAGUCGCACUUCAGGGUGACGGACUUCUACGUGGACUUCGACGUCGGCCAUGCCAGCGUCCACCUCGACAAUCUCUUCAACGGCGACGAGACCCUGGCCGACGCCAUGAACCUCUUCCUCAACGACAACUGGAAGACCGUGGCGGCGGAAAUCAAGCCAGCCCUUGAAGACACGGUCUCCAGCCUCUUCAAGAAUUUCUCCAACAAGAUCUACUCCAAAUAUCCCCUCGACACCCUUUUGCCCCCCUGAUUUCCAAAAACUAAAAAUUGAUUGACCAAAAAUCGAAGUUGCGCCUCUUCUAGCGAUGGAACAUCGACCGACGUGUUUCGAUGGCUGCGUUGACGUCCACGUGGGGACAUCUCUUUUUUUUUUCUUUCAUUUUUCAUAAAUCUAGAAAUUGGCCGAACAAAAUUUCGUCCCUGGAGAUUUUUUACUCUUCUUCCCAGGAAGUGGCACGUCUUUAACGAGGAAAAUAAGGACGACUCGAUAUCUCGUGGAAGCUGCAUCGCGUGAUAACUCGGGAUAACUCCACGAAACCAGCGCGUCGUUUCAUAAAGAUUUUCUUAAUAAACUAGAAAGUAAACUAAGGAAUAUAUUAUUAAAUAAAGUGAUAAAUAUACGAGUAA